AUGUCUGUGCCAACUCAGGUCCUCCCGUCGUGGCUAACGCUUUCUACAACUGUUAUCACUGCGCCUAACGGACGCGUGUCUACUUCGUCCACAACCCUUCGUUUGCCAUUAACAUACUAUGGACCUAGUAUUCCUCUUGGAACUAAUGGGGUUUGGACUUGGGGCGGACUUACGCCUCCUCCUUCCACUACUUCCGCCUCCACGUCUUCUACGCUAGCAACGACUUCCUCUGUGUCGACUACUUUAUCCCCGACCAGUUCAGUAUUUUCGUCGUCACAAACUUCGACUUCUACCACCGCCCCUGCCACUUCUGCACCAGUGGCCGGGACUGCAGGAGCCACUAGCCAUGGACUGUCGGCCACAAAGCUUGGUGCUAUCCUGGGUGCCGUUCUUGGAACGGUAUUUCUGGUCAUUCUGAUCCUUAUCAUAUUGUUAUUGUGGCGGUCCUAUCGCCGCGGGAGACAAUCCAGGCCACCCACUGACCAGAGCUCAAGUUUCUGGAAUAGACGGACGACGCUGUUCUCAAUUCAGCGACAGUCACGACGACAGACACCGAUCUGGACGGAAUGGCAGAUGGUGAGUCCGGACGACUUCAACGAUGAUGCCAAUAUUGGUGUGCAGUCACCUGGCGAAGGCUCCCCUCGUGGGAGCGGUGAAGAAGACGACCCGUUUUUGACACGAAGCCUGCGGUCUACUGCCGACGAAAUGUCGCAGACGAAAACAGGCACCGACACGCUCGUGAGUAUGCCGGCAGCCGCUGCCAUCGCUGGAGGAACAGUUUCGACCCAUCGCUCUGGGACAAAAGUUGGAGGCCCAAUCAUGCCUCGGAACGAGCUGCUCAGUAGAAUGAUCGAAGAGGAGGCGGCAAUGCCCACCGUACGCGUUGUGAACGCUUCUCCCGAGGACCAUACUAUGCCCCUACCCCCUCCGCCUCCCAUUGGCUUUGUUCAACGCAGUUUCCGUCCUGCCAGGUCUUCACAGUCUAUUGGGUCUAUCGGUGUAUCCGAGAAGUCCAUUGCCAGUAUUCCGGAGUCGCCUGGCCCAGAAGCGGCGGAGUUCCUGACGGCUCGUCGGGUGAAGCUCGGCCUUGAACCUGGGGAAGGUGAACCCGGUCCCAGUUUAUGGACGGGAGGUCCGUCUGGUUUGGAAAGACUCGCCAACCUCCCACGGAUGAGCUGGUUCCGACGCAUGUCGUUCCUCUCACCAAGAGGCUCUCGCGAUGCUCCUACUCCUGUUGCUGCUGCGGCCACGGACGAUCGGUAUACGCGCACACCCCCUCGCGCACACUCUCGCCAGGGAUCUCGCAGUUCGCGGCCGGUCUCUUGGGCGCCUCUUCCGACGCAGGAGCCGUCUAGCCCGACAUCAAGCACGGGACGGAGGCCUAGGUCUCAGUCAGGUCUCCGAGCUGAACUUGGGAUGCGUGAGGAACGGCCGAUAUCGACGCUCAGCUCUAGAAGUCGCACCACUACUGCAAGCGGCAACACGAUGUAUCACGACGCGCGGUCAACGCCGGGAAGCUCUAUGGUGGAUGUUACUUCACCAGUUGGUACGUUCGGAUCUGGCGGUUCGAGAGUGCCUCCAGUUCCACCUUUACCUGCCCCGCAGCGAAGACAAGCAUCUCAAACGAGAUCGACAAGUGAUGGAGAAUAUGAAAGUGUGCCUAGAGAACCACCUUCGUACGAAGCAUCUAUGCUCCCCCCAACGCGAUUGGGUAAUACUCCUACAAGCGAACUUGAUGUGCUAGAUGAGCCCGCGCCACGUCCUGCCUCACCCUUCACUGCGGUUUCAGGUCGCCCCAACAUCCCACCUGGACUGGUGCCACUGCCCACUCCUGAUGCAUGGCGGAACUCCCGCGUGACAGAUAUGUCCAUGGAUACAUCCGGUAUACAGAUCGACGUUCUAGAGGAUGAACCCCCGGCUGCUCGAGACGGUUGGCGAAGCCUUGCCAGUGGCGGUGAAGGUCGCAGGAUGACAUUUGGCGUGCCAAUGGUAGUUCAUCCACGCGAUGCUCUGAACUCUGAACAGGGCUCUUUGCAUUCGAUGCGAUCACAUCUGAGUCCCCGUUCAGGACUUAGCCCAGCCGGUUCUGCACCCGCUUCUUCCCGUCACACGAUGCAUAGCUCGUCGUCAAGGCCGUCAAUGCACUCGCAAGGUCUUACUGGCAGUAGCGGCAUGUCGCUGACCCACUCAAGCUCGCUCUCAGACGACGAUAGAAGGCCGAGACGGCACGCAGGCGUCGGCGAAGUUGGCUCACCCCCGGUCUCCGCUGUGUUUAGCAGAGAGGGACCUUGGGAGAGUCGUCCAAGAUCGCCUUUAGCUCAUGCUCCUGGCAUGCCUCACUUGCCGCCGAUCCGCCAGUCUCCAUCGUCGUCGAAUGCCGAGAUCCCUCCACCAUAUAUCGCCUCAGGUACUCUCACGUCUGUUGUGACGACACGAACGGAAGACACCCACACCAACUCGAGCGUAACCACGACCUUGACGGACCCUAUUACGGGCGCUGUGUUGCAUUUCCCGGCACUGCCCUGGGGCGGCAUCCAGGACAACAGGUGGGAGAAUGCGAGGCACAACGAUAACGAAAUGUGGAGCGACGUACAUAAGUCUUGCAAGACACUCGAGGCAGUUGUGAACGUCCUGAAUGAUUACUGCGAGGCUGAGAACGCGAUUAUCACCCUGCAGAAGAAACUAGCGAAGGCCCUUAGGGAUGCAGCGUCGGUGAAGUGCGUAGCGGAGAUUCCGGCCACUGCGCUGGUUACAGGUGCUACUAUCUUUGAGACACUGUCGGAUGUCAACCAGAAAUUUGUGAGGCUCGCAGACAAAGAGUGCGACGGAAUCAGUGCCGAGGUCAAGAAGUGGUUCAAGAAACUUGCUAAAGAGGAAAAGGCUCAUGAUGCACGGAUCGCCAGCGCCAAUGCCAAGAUUAGACAGGCUGGCGAGCUCUAUGAGAAGAAAUCCAGAAAGUAUCCUCAAGAAGCGGCUGACGAACAUACCCGCUAUAUCAAUGUCCUCAGCACAUUGGGACCGGAAAUCAAUCAGGACAAAUAUAACCACGCGUUGCUUAUCACCCAACGGCACAACAAUGUCAUGCAUAUCCUCGCUGCGUGUCUCUCGCGAGUUGCAGAUGGCGAAUGGCUGCGCUCAUGUGAGGGUGUGCGUAGAUUCUCGCCAACAAUAGGACCACUAGGUGAAAUUCGUGCAUAUUGCGAAGGUGGCUGGUCUGGUGCUAUGCCUAGUGGUCUUCCAGAGACUCUGCAGUCGACAGCCUCGCUGGACCGGUCUAACACGCCGAUGUCUAUGAGCCGUGCAGCUACACCAAAUGGUCAAGACUCAUACGCGCUUACAGUCCCUCCCAGCAGCAAGCCCGCGCCGGAUUAUUCAUCCCGGCAAGGAUCCGAGCAGACACAGGAUUCAUCUUCGCUGGCCGCUACUCCCUCUGGGGAUUCGCCGUCUGCGCCCCCACAGUAUAUGACAAUUCCCUCGGAACCGCCUGCUAACGGACAAGCGCACAACCUCCUCUCAAGAGCCCUUGCAGACCAGAGAAAUCGCUCAAACACUUCGUUAACCUCACUGGCUUCUUUUCCCUCCCCUCCUACACAUUUCCCUCUACCUCCUGUUGCUGUGAAAGAACCCAGUAGCCCAAUCAUGGAUAAGAAAGAUGAAUCUUCGUCUAGUCGACGGAGAUCCUCUGAUGUCCCCUUUCCGCGGCAUACUGAGUCGCCCGUCCCACUUUCUCCAGAUGAACAGGCAAUUGUGGAUGCUUCUCGAUCAGCAUCGGAGCAGGCUCUCAUCCAGUCUAUGUCCACUACAUUCAGCGAGACUUCCAACACAUCUAUGCGGAAAGGUCAAGAUAAUACCUCAUCGGAAAUACAGGGUAAAGCAGCUAGCGAGCACUCGAGUGCACAUUCUCCUGCUCCAGAAAUGAUACGGUCUCCAGUAGAUCAUCUUACGCCCACAAAUUCGGGGAUGUCGAUGCGGCCUGCAUCACGUCGACUUGAAUCUCCUGGGCAGGAGAACAAGGUGACUAGUGGAGAUUUGCUUGUGAAGAACCCAACAAUCGAGCAAACAACGCAGCCUGGUGUCACUGGCGGCUCGAGCCCUAUUAUUGAAAGAGCUGAUACGGGCAAGAGCACCAUAAGCGUUGUCGCUACCCUUCGUGACCGCUAUACACGACAAGCUGAACCCCCAUCUCCUCCGCGCAAAGAGGUCCCGCGAGUUCCAACAAGUGUUUCUCACCUGACUAACAAAUACGAAUCCUCCAGGACUCCUCCGUCUUCCCCGACUUCCUCCCGACAUGCCCCUGCUUCAGAUGAUCGACGCAGGGUGUCAGUGGAUAUGACCCGCCGCACGUCACAAGUGCCUAUUCCAGAGCGGGUUAGUCCAUCGACUAGUCACGGAAGGUAUAGUAUUGCAGGAUCGCCAUCUAUGCCAUCGUCGGAUGAAUUGGUUCUUCGGAGGCGACGUGUGGAAGAGCUAGAAGUACUUGAACUUAGGGAGCAAGAGCUGGAGCUGAGACGGAAAGAAAGGGAAAUUGAAGUGCGGGCGAAGGAACUGGAGCUGGAGCGCGGCCGUCUGUUGAAUGCGCGAGGCCUGGACAGCGGGUAUGGCAGUGACUCCGAGCGUCUUGGGAUCGUGGACCGGCUCUCUCAUCGCCCACAACUUCACUUGCCGUCCGUAUCUCCCACUGCUUCGCGUCCGCGCCACGCCCUCCAUUCAUACAGCACAACAAACGUGGCUCUCCCGCCCUCGCAACAGGCACCCACUGAUUACCCAUCCAGCCAGCCAUCGUCACCGCUUCAUCCUGCCGAUCACGGCCCAUAUUGUACUUGUGAGGCGUGCUCGAUCCCGAGAUAUGCCUCGCGCGAUGUGCGGUCUGGGCAGGGCUCUUCUAACGUCCGGCCAGAAAAGCCCAAGGGAUGGAUCAGGCGCCUGAGCAUGCCUGUCAUGAGCAACGCAUUUUCGCUGGACUCAAAGAAGAAUAUCAGCAGCGUGGGGAUCGCGGGUGGUCCGGGUACGCGGAACAGCUUCGUCUUGCCGGAGGAGGAUGGGAUGUUGCGGAGGGAUGCCACAGGCGGCAUCCGCAAUCGCAGUACCACCAAUCUUGCUCGAAGGUGA